GUCUGUCAGAAUGGUGGCAUUUUAUUACUAAAGUUUUUAUAUAAAUAAAAUUUUGUAAAUAAUCAAUAUAAACAGCAUAUACCUAAUAUUUAUUUUUAGCGUGUUUUGUUUGGAAGCGCAUUUAUGAAAUAUGUAUUAGAAGAUGGAGGAAAAAACUGGAAAAAGUUGGAUAUUUUUAAUGUGUUAGGAUUUUAUAACUCAAUAAUAAUUGUUUUAAUUAGAUCUCCGUUAUCUAAUUUGAAGUAUUACUCACACUGUAUUUCAAAAUGAAUUAUCAGAUGGAUAAUGUCAACUAAAAAAAAUGGAGGAUGGAGUUGUGAAUUCUGAGGUAAAAUUUGAAAAUAUGGGUGCAACUACUAAUCCAAACACUGCCCGACUUGCAACUUUGCAAGAAAGGAAAAAGCAAAUAGAAGAAACACUUUCCAAACGAAAUCUUGAACUAAGACAAUUAUGUAUUCAAGAAGCAGAAUUGACAGGCAUUACGCCUCCAGAAAUGCCUCUAGAGGCAGGGGAGACUUUACCCCCUAUCAGGAGAAGAGUAGGAACAACUUAUCAGUUGAAUGAAAAUCUACUCAAAAAUACAAAUAAGGAUGAGUUAAUAGCUCAACUGGAAUUAGAAAUACAGCUACAAACAAAUCUGGCUGAAGCUGCUCUUGGAUUGGCUAAUGAGCAUAAUAUGAGCAAGACUCUAAAACGCAGUCAUAGAGCUGAGUAUCAGAAACAUAAAGCUGAGUGCAUAGCAUUAAGGGAAAAAUUGGCAGCAUUAUUGAAAGAAAAAACUGCUGCAGACCAGGUUAAGCUGAAGAAAAAACCAAGAGUAUCAGAGUUUCAAGAUGAUACUGUUUCUAUAGCGACUACCAAUGAAGCAGUUUUAAGACAGUCAGAAAGUCAUCACACUCAGUUAUCUUCUAAACACAGUUUAAAUAUACCAAGCCCUGUAGAACAAUACCCAGAUGUACGAUACUCACUCAGCAUAUCUAGAAAUCCUUAUAGAAAUUCAGAAACUUCUUUUUAUCAUUAUUCUAAACCAGAUGAUGUUGUUACUUCUGGCAUUUAUAGAUUAAGUUUAAAUGGUUAUAGAGAAUAUCUGGAGCGGCAGCAUGAAAGUGUUGGUGCAGUUCAUGGCUCUCCGCACAAUUAUUAUCCUAACCAAAAUUUGACUUAUAGUUAUGCUCACAGUUCAAGUAACCAGUCAAUCCUCUUGGGUCAACAUUUUUCUCAACACAGCCCUCAAGUGCCCCAGCACGUUUCCCAAAAUAAUUUCCAUAUGUCACAGCAUAGUCCUUUAUCUCAACACAGCCCGCAAAUGCAGUCUCAUAGUCCACAGUUAUCUCAAAGUCCAGUUUCCCAGCAUAGCGUUUUACAUCAAAGAAGCUCUCAGAAUAUCAAUAACAAUUACCCAAUAAGAAUCCAUCAAGAUUAUAACAAUAAAGUGUCUAUGUCGAACAGUGCUGCAAUGCAUAGGCAGUCUAGCCCCACAACAAGUAAUUUUGUACCUCAAAAAGUGUAUUAUCCAUCUCAUACCAUACAUGGCGAUCCAAGUUAUAGAUACACCAUUGAUGGUGGAUUCAGAAAUCCUCAUCAAAUUCAGCCUCACCAGCAAUAUGAACAUAACGGUAUGGCUACCGGCUUAGGUGGCUAUUGGAAACAGUCAGACAGUGGGGAAAUGUUUUGGUGUUACUCAAAUACUGUUGAUAGCAAUUGGCAAAGAGAUCGAAGAUUCGGGAGUUUGGAUAGAAGAAAAAAUAAAAGAAUCCACAAAAGAGUGUCUCCAAUUGAAGAUAAGUCGAUCCCAGUACCUUCAUUGCCAAAUCACAAUGAUGAUCAAAUCAAAACUGCUUUUAUCAAACCCUCACUGGUAACAAAUAGAAAAUCCCAAGACCAUAGACAGUUGGUUAGAACCCAAUCUUUGGGUAGUGUUGGGCAAACUAUAGACAGUGUCUAUCCAAGUGAUGAUACCUCAUCCUGUGAAAGUGAUAAUCGAAGUCUCAAGGCAAUCAAAAAACAAAAAGAAAAAGAAUGGUUGGAAACAUCCUUAGAUGGCCCAAUUUCCCCGGCACAUUCAAUAAUUUCUCAUUCCCAAUCGAUAAUUUCAUCUGUGUUAGCACCAGAAGAAAAAUAUUUAGUCCAUCAUUCCUCACCUCCUCCUCUGCCACCGCCAUAUGAGACCCCACAAAUUCCGCCACCCUUAACUCCUAAGCCAGUUUUAGAAAUUCCAGCUGAAUCCAAUCCUUCUCCAAGGAUAGCUGAGCAGCCUAAUGUUGAAUUGUUGAAUAAUAACAUGCCUAAAAAUUGCACUGUGGUACAAGCUGGUGUCUGUAAACCUUAUCAUGAAGAAACCAAACCCUUUGAGAUGUCUGAUUUUUAUAAAUAUUCAACAAAAUUUAAACGUUCUCCAGCGAAAGCUGAGAGCAAAAGUGUGCAGCACAAUCAAUCGCAGGCUUGCAAAAACCUAAAUGAGAGCUUUGAAGAUGUGGGUUUGAAAAGUCCAUAUCACUCGCCGCAUCACAUCAAAGUCCAACACUACACACACGCGAACACUAGCGGAGACAGUUCAGGUAAUUUAAAUAACAGCCUGGAUUUAAGUCAGAUCGCGGUAUCAGAGCAUUUUUCUGCUGAAAUGAAUGCUUGGUAUAAUGAUCGGGAUCAGCAUCUUGAUAAUAAUAAUUCCAAUUCAUCAAAAAGUAGGUCUAGUGCCACUUUAGUUUAAUUAAAAUGGUUUUUAAAGUGUAGGUAAAAUGGUUUUUAAAUUUUUCUAAAGAAAAUCAUUUAUUUAAUUAUUACAGUACAAUGCAAUAAAAGUGUACAUAUGUUUUAUGUGGUAUGUAGGUGUGUAUAAAUGGAUUGUUAAAACUGUUAAAUUUGGAAACAUUUUUAAGUGAAAUGAGGUUAUCAUGCAAUGAUAUUAGUCGUGUGGUUAGAAUAUAUGAUGUUUCCACUUCAACUGUUGAUAUAUUUUUAUAAGUAUUGUCUUUAAUAUUAAUUAAAAACCAUACAUUCAGAUAUUUAUAUUUUGAUAUAUUAUCUCAUGGUAGAAGUCACAAACAUCUGUUUUUUAUUCACAUUUGAGAAUUUGCUUCUACACCCUUUGAGAAAUGAAAUUCUAUAUAUGCUUCAACCCUUGUAGUCUUGGUAAAAUAACAGGGGCCUAUUCAGAAGGAGUAAGUUAAAAUUGACAAACAAAAAGGGGUGAAAAAUAUUUUGUGAAUCACUUGUGUGUGUUAAUUUUAAAUUUCUCCCAUUUUCUACAAUUAAAAGGAUCUCACAAUGUACUUGGCACUUUGACCUGUAGUUUGCCAUUAUACUGUAUAAUAAAUAUGAAUUUUAUAGAGUUUAUAGAAAAGUAGUUCAAAUGUACUGUUGGGGACCAUAUCAGUUAGCAAUCAAUAAUGAAAGGUAUUAUGGUUGAUCCAUAGAAUUAGAAUAAAAAUGUGAUUUUUGUUGUUGAAAUUAAAUAUGUAGUUAACUGAUUAUUGAUUUUUGCAGCGAUCAAGGUAUUUUUAGUAUUUAUCACUAUUAUCACGUCCGUGUGGACAUGAAAAUUGACCAUUCCUUUAAGUACUGCAAAGCACUUAGUGCCUUUCUAAUACUGCGGGAUAAGAGAAACGGUUGCUUGUAAUGAUUUUUAGCAAUAUUUAUUGGAUUCUUGGACUGAACCAAAGGAACUGUUUUCAGCAGUUUUGUACUACUCGUUUUUUAUAUAUUUAAAUAAAAUGUGUUCUUUAUCUGGUAAUUUCACUAGUACCUCCAAAUAAAAACUUA